GCCAGAUCUAAACGGGCUUUGGGCAAAGGACGACGCAUCUUCCAAAUAGACAAAGAAAAUGACACAAGAAGUGAAACAAAUUUCCUUAGAUGUAGAGUAUAAGAAGCACAAAAAUAUAAGCCCAGAAGAUAUCAAACAACUCAGAGAAUGGGUCAAAACACAACCUCACUUGCCAGAAGAACAUUUAUCAGAUCUCGAUCUAAUACUCACUUACUACUGCUGCGACACGAGCGACCUCUUCACAAAGCAAGUACUGGAUCUUCACUUCACACUGAGAACUCUCUACUCGAAAUUCUUCAAGGACCGCGUAGUGGAUAAUGUUACUACGGAGACGUUACAAAAUACGAUGCUUCUACCUCUAUCUGAAAGCGAUAAAAACGGCGUUAGAUACUUGUACCUCGCGCUUCGGAGGUCGGAGCCGAAGUUCUUCAACCUUGUGGAUGCUGGGCGGGUGUUGAUGAUGAUUUUUGACCUGUGGCAGUAUGAGGAGGGCACGUGGCCGGGGUUAAGCAUAAUUGUAGACCUGGAACUGGUUGUACUUGGUCAUCUAUCAAGAUUGGAGUUUUGGGCUCUGCGGCAAAUUAUACACUUCUUGCAGGAUUGCAUGCUGGUGAAAAUAAACAAUAUUUACUUCAUAAACGCACCGAAUUUCACCGAUAAGCUGCUGAUGCUGUUAAAACCACUCAUGUCCAAGGAGCUGUACAGCAAGAUACAGGUUUACGACAGCAAAGCGGAUUUGAGCAGAACUGACAUACCUGUACACGGUUUACCUAAAGAAAAUGGCGGCAAAAACUUAUGUCGCCAAGAACUUAAUGAGAAACUACUAACCUGGUUACAAAGCAGCCCAGAUUAUUUUGUACAAGAAAACUUCAAACGAGUAAAUGAAUCUCUUCGGCCUACCAGGUCUGCUGUGGUUGAAGAAGCCAUAGGUGUAGGAAGCUUUAAGAAAUUGGAUAUAGAUUAGUCUACUAAUUUAAACCAGACAUAGGUAUUCUUUUUCUUGUGCCCGUUUUACGUUUUGGGUACGAUAUCCUAGUAAAAAGUCUACAAAACCGUAGGAUUUUGUAUCAGGUACCUACUACUACUUUUUACGGAGUUGCUCGAACAAAGUAGAAGAAUUAAUUAAUCUUUAAAAUUUUGCUAAAAGUAUGUAUUGGCCGAUGUAUG